AUGGAAAACAUCAUCAAGAGUAAUCCCUACAGCAAUGCUCUGAUCUCUACCGCCGAGAACCCCCAGGUGGCUCAAUCGGGAGCCCUGGCAGGAAUUGCACUGGCCGUCAAGGACAAUAUUUGCACCAACGAAAUGCACACCACUUGUGCAUCUGGCAUUCUGGAAACGUUCACAUCCCCCUUCGAUGCCACCGUUGUCGACCUGCUGAAACAAGAGGGCGUUUCCAUUGUUGGAAAGGCCAAUCUCGACGAGUUUGGUAUGGGCUCAGACAAUGCAAACUCAUGGUUUGGACCUGUCUUCAACCCCCUGUACCCCGAUGAACCUCACACUCCCGGUGGUUCUUCCGGAGGCUCAGCUGCCGCUGUGGCUGCAGACAUGUGCCAUUUUGCUCUUGGAACAGACACCGGAGGAAGCGUGCGAUACCCGGCCGCUCAGUGCUCCGUCAUUGGCCUCAAGCCCUCGUACGGACUUAUCUCGCGACACGGAGUCAUUGCGUAUGCCCAGUCUCUCGACACAGUUGGAAUUCUCACCAAGGACAUCGAUCUGCUCGAAAAGGUGUUCAACAUCCUCAACAAGUACGAUCCCUUGGACCCCACCAGUCUCACACCCCAUAAGAGAGCCAAGCUCAAGCCUCCCAAGCCCCACAGAAAGCUCACGUUUGGUCUCGUCAAGGAAUACAACAUUAAGGGCAUCUCCGAGAAUGUCAAAAUGGCGUGGUCACAGAUCAUGGACGAGCUCAUCAAGAUGGGCCACGAAGUAGUCACAUGUUCGAUUCCUGCCAUCAAAAACGCCCUUCCUGCCUACUACGCUAUCGCACCAGCAGAGGCUUCAUCGAACUUCGCACGAUUCGACGGUAUCAGAUAUGGAUCUCGAGCUCCCGAGGACCGAGGGGAACAUGGUACCCUGUACGCUCCUACUCGACAGGAGUACUUUGGAAAUGAAGUCAAGCGGCGAAUGUGGCUUGGAACAUGGAACCUGUCGACAGACGCCUUCAACCACGACUAUAUUCGGUCGCAAAAGAUUCGACGAAUUCUACAGGAGGAUUUCGACGAGGUCUUCAACCGACCCAACGUGCUUUCUGGUAACGAGGGUCAAAAGGCCAACGAUGAGCCCGGUGUGGAUUUCAUCAUUGCUCCCACUUCUAACUGUGCGCCUUACCCUCUUUCUAAGCUCAACGACUCUGCUCCCGUUGAUACCUACCUCAACGAUGUACUCACCGUCCCUGCUUCCCUGACCGGUAUUCCUUCCCUCAACAUUCCCUGGAAGACCAAGCAGGGCAACGUAGGCAUGCAGAUCAUGGGACAGUACGGUGAUGAUUUGGGCGUUAUGAAGGUCGGUCGACUGCUCCUGGACAAGUGCAAGGAGCUCCACCAGGAUUAG